CUGCCCCUCAAUCAAGAAUGAGGAUAACCAUACAAACCUAAGGUCCUUUGUGCAAAUACUCAACGGUAUUUAUCCGCACACAACUGACCUCCACUCCAGCUGCCCGGCUGAAACUAUUACUGCACUCUCGCUGUCUCGCCCCUUCAGCAAUCAGCAGUCAGCACGCACGCCAUGCGAGCCUCUCAGACCCAAAGACCGCAGCCGUUGCCGCUGCCUCUGCCUCCUCCUCCGCUGUGCCUGCCGUCGCCGCCCUCCGCCCCUCGCCGCGGGCGCCACCGCAGCUCCUACUCAUCCUCGUCGUCGUCCUCUUCCUCCGUCUCCAGCGCCUCAUCAACCUUCAGCCCGUCGCCGUCGCCGUCGCCGGCCCCGUCCCCGCGCGCCAGCACAUCCUCCCUCGUUCUCUUCUCGUGGGAGCGCCACCCGGGCGUGCCCAAGAACUCGUUCCGCGGCGGCCUCCUGGCCUCCCCCACAGGCACGCCGCUCCCGCUCCCGAUCCCGCCGCCGCUGCAACCGCCCUCCUCUCGCCGCCGGCGCCGCCGCCCGCGCGCCAAACUUCCAGCUGCCGCGUCCUCCGCCGCCAACGGCGACCCCUUCGUCGCCGCGUUCGCCGAGUGCACCAGGGACGACGAAGGCGAGGAUGACGAGGCGGAUCGCGGCGCCGACGCCGUGACCGCGGCCAAAGACAAGCUCUGGCUGGCGCCGGCAAAGCCAACGGUAUCAGGCAGCGCCGGGCGUCCGCGGCGACCUGCCGCCGGCGGCUUCCUGGACCUCUACGGGUGCAAGAGCGCCAUGGCGGUCGUCGACGGCGCCUUCCUUGCCCGCAGGCCCGUCGCCGCAGCACGUCCCGGGCCGGCAAGCCGGACAACACAGAGAUAGUGCCUGGAUCACCUCGGUCGUCUGAUGAUCAGCAAAGAACCAGUAAAGAUCAGCAGUAUGCCCCCACGAUCGUCGAUCUCCGAUCGGACGACUGAGGUGGCCAGAACAGCAUAAGCCAGAGGAAUCAUAUUGAAGGUAUACAUGUACUCUUUUUUUAACUAGGUAUGUGCCCGUGCGUUGCUAUGGAUAAAUUUUUUUUUCAAAAAAAUCAACCUUUUAAAUUUUUUAUAAUGAUAUGUCACAAUUAAAACACACACUUUGCCUUAAACCAAAAUACAAAUCUUAGUUCAUACAAAGUCUAGAACCUAGGCAGGAGUCGUCAUGUGGCAUUUGAAAUAUAAUUCACUAUUCACUGUAUCAGCCACCACAUGUUUCAAAACAACACUUACCUUACAUAUCACCACUCUGACGUAAAAAAUUGCUUUGUGGGAGAGCAUACUUGAGCUUUUAUUCUUCCCGAUAUUUUCAAGAAUUAUCAAUUGCCUAUUUCACAUAUGUAGUGCAAAAAAGAAACUACAUUACUAAUAUAAUUCAGGAAGGCAACUUACUCGUAUGUGCUCACACAUUCCUAGAUCAAUCCUCCGAAGUAUUGAACAAUCAUUUAGUACUUUCAAAUCAUUGAUGCAUCUACUGUCACCAAACAGUAGUUCUCCCACCAAUAUGAUAUUUGAAAAUAGUAUAAGAAGAAAUGCAAACUCCCACCAAUAUGAUAUUUGAAAAUAGUAUAAGAAGAAAUGCAAGAAAAAUAGUAUCUCUAGAUGCAAGGACUCUCUAUGGCAACCAUUAUUGAUCUUGAUGAAGCAAACAUGAAAAAGUGGGAUGAUUGAUGAUGGAAGGAGCAUUUCCUGAAUAAUCUGGCAUAUAGUUAAUACUUGGCAUAUUCAUCAGCACCUGCAACUUUUGCCCAAUAUAGGAACUACUAUGGCAAAACCCUUCAGUAGGAGAUGAUGGCCUGAAAGUGGAAUGUUUAUACCUAGAAUAAAAAUAAGAUCCUGCAAAUAAGCGAUUGAAGAGUAGUACAGUCAAAUACAUUAGCAACAAUCACCUCAAUGGUGCUAUCUGAAAGACAGUGAUCAGACACGUCUAGAAGUGCCAAGGCCAUCUCCCUGAGGUGUUUGAAAGAACAAAUAUGAUUAUUCAAUUAGGAUCAACCCCAUGCAGCAUUAAGAUACACAAGUGGAGAUUAUAACUUAUACAUUGGAAAACCUACCUGUAUGCUGAGAAAGAUAAGAGAUUGCUCACCUCUUCUUUGAUCAUACAGUUUGAACACGAUGUAUAAGUUAAUGCUUUUAGUGUUCACCUCUUCUUUUAGCAUUAAGGUACGGACAAAGUAAUCCCUCAGGUUAAGUACGGACAGAUCAAAGAAAUAUCUGAUUUAGGUGAGCAUUUCUUUAUGCUUUUAGUGUUCACAGAAUGGUUAUAUGAUGCCGUACAUUUUUGUUCCAUGUGGUAUGUUGUUCAACAACAAAUGUUAAAAGAGUAGAAACAUUCGCACAACUUAGCUGUUAAAAGAGUAUAGAAGCACUAUUCAAAUUUCAUUUUACAGACAGGCGUUGUACCAGUAGAAAUGCUCUUAGAGCUGCACCAGAGCAUGAUUUUUUUAGACCAUUCUUGAAAUGUGAUCUGGACUUGACAAACUGGCUUACCAACACAUAGUCCUCACACAAAAGAGAAGAUUCACCGAGUUAAUUCCCGCAAGACAAAUAUCAGUUAAAGCGCCAACCACACCAUUUUUUCUAUGUGGUUCAAUGGGUUCUACAUUUUGGGGUUACCUGGAGAGCAAGGUCCAUCAAAAAAUCAAUCUCGAAGACAAUAUAACCUUCCUUUCCAUGAGCUCUCUUAAUAUAAAUUUAUUGUCCAUCAAUACCCAUCAGAGCUGAUAGCAAAUCAUCUAUAACCAAAAGCUCCAGCAUUGCAAUUAUAGAAGUAAUGAUGUGUGACAGUUCAGCUAUUUCUAAUAGCAAUAGUAAAAUAGCUAGAUAUGAAGCACCAAGAAAGAGGAAGGUUAUUUGAAGCUGAAAUUCAGAUCCAUAUGCAUUUUAGUUCAGUCACAUUUGAACAACAGUAGACAAAUUAAAGCCUCACCUAAUUUGAUGGGGAACAUCAGCUUGUCAGAAACUCACGAUAACUUGACCUGCAAUCCCAGCAAAUGAAAUAUUCAAUCCUAGAAAAACCAGAGGUCAAACAAGAUGUCAAUAACAAAGUAACACCUAGAGCUGCUUUGAUGGCUUCACCAAAAUUGCUACUUUAGCAUAUUUCAAUGCCAGAUUUCUGGUAACAGUAAAUAAUAGAAUAGUUGCACAACCACAUCCACAUAUUUAGAACGAUGUUGAUUUUUUGGACACCAUCGUGAGCAAAUGAUUGACCUCUACCUGAGUGUUUGUCUGACCACCAAAAGGAGCCCUUACACUAUUGCUUUGUACCGAUUCCAUGUAGACACAGCCUGGUUUAUAGAAGAUUAAACAGCAAUUAACGAUAAUAAACAAAUGGUUUAUGACAAUAGAGCAGCAUUGAGGUGUAGAAGAGGCCACUGAAACUUUUUUCAAAUCUACCUGAUGUCCUUGUGGUCUCUGCUCUCUUCUGUAUCUACAAAUGAUUGGAGAUAACGAUUGAGCUUUUCCAGUAUUACAAAAUAAUGAGAUAAGUACCUGCUGAGGGGGACAGGCAAUUCGACUGGAGGUGCAGGUGCAAGAUCCGAUUGGAGGCAGUGCAACUGCAAGAUCCGAUUGGAGCUGGAGGCCGUGCAGUUGCAAGUGCAGAUAUAUACAACGAUCCAAUUGGAUCAGUGCGGGCGAGAGCAAGUGCAAGGAUCGUCAAGCGACGGCAAUUGGCAGGGCGCUGGGGCGUGGGCGCGUUCGGUGGCGGUGGCGAAAGACAGGAUCGCUAGGGAGGGCAGCGUGACGGGAUCGCGGGGGAGCAAUCAUCGCGCGCGGGGGAUGGAAGGCGACGGGGGAUGGGGCGAGAUGGCGGGGGAGGGGGCUGCAUCGCGGGGAUGGCAUGCGACAGAGAGGGGACAGCUGGGGGAUCGCAUGGAGCGAUCGGACGGAUAGAAUCCUCGCACGGCAGAGCCACCAGGGGAGAGGUUUAGGGUCGCACCAAAAUUUUUUCUCCCAAUCGUUCUUUUUAGUAGUAGAGAUUACAAGGAUGGUCGUUGAGUGCUAGCUACUAUGAGCUGGCUUGCAGGUGCUGUAAUCAUGCCUGCCUGGCAAUUACCAAGAGGAAUGAAUAUACUAGCUAGUGGUAAACUUUGGUGUU